AGAGGUCUCUUCUCAUUUGUGUUCUGUCCCCCCUCGUCUUGUAGGGCAAGCGGCCGGUGACCCUGAUUGGGUUCAGUCUUGGCGCUAGAGUGAUCUACUUCUGCCUGCAGGAGAUGGCCAAGGAGAAAGAUUGCGAAGGGAUCAUUGAAGAUGUGGUGCUGUUGGGGGCCCCCAUAGAAGGCGAUCCGAAAUCCUGGAAACUGAUCACCAAAGUCGUUUCAGGCAGGAUCAUCAAUGGCUUUUGCAGGUACUGGGGGUCUGAUCCUCGGCUUUGGCUUCCCUUGCAGGUCAAUGGCCACCUGGACUACAUGAAGCAAAUGGACGGCAUCCUGAAGGCCGUGGGGCUCAAAACGAGGCAGCAAGAACAAGGGGGCCUCCUUGGGAUUCUUCCCCCCAGCGAGGAGGAGAAACAGGGGAUGCCUCCCGACGGCCCAGCCUCUGAGGGGCCCAGUGGGCUGGGCAGGCCUGACGUGGAUGGAGCCAAGGAAGGGGAAGGCCUCAACGGCCAUGAAGACUCCUGGUGCUGGGAGCCAGUCUCCGCUCCUGGGCAGGAAUGUGAGGUUUCUCCAGCCAGGGUUUCUAAAGAGGAACAGCCUCCUGAAAUCCUCUCCCCAUCCUCCUCCUCCUCUCCCUCUUGAUAUCGCCCAAAUCUUCUCUGAGGACCUCGGGGUACCCAGACACCCGGAGGAAAUGCAUUUUGCACAGACGGAGCCGUUCCGAAGGACUGUGUCUUUUUUCUCCUGUGCCUUAGUCUCAGACAAGCGGGGCACCUCAGAAAUGCUGACGUCAGAGUCAGCAAGCCCCUCUCCGCUCUUUUUCUCCGACGCCUGGUAUCCUGCCCCCGAACGUGGAGGUGUUCUGACCUUGGCUUCCCAGGAUCAUGAAGCCGACUCCUCGUCCCGAUAAAACCUCUUUUAUUUAAGUUAAAGGGA